UGUCAGAGUGAUGGCAAACAUGCUGUGCGCGGUCACGUUGGCGCUGUGCUGUGUGUGCGGGGUACAUGCCGCACGACCGGUACAGACAUGCCAGCAGCUGGCUGAUCUGAUGCGGCCAGGCAUGAGUGUGGAUCCUGGCAUCAGCAUCACCGAUGACCAGGCCGCUGAUUUGGGUCAAGUGACCGGGAGUUCCAGCAAUCCCGGCUGGUGGCAAGUCAACUGGUAUAACGGUCAUGCCGGUUCCUACCGCAUGGGGGCGGACAAAAAGUACGACCUGUUUCCGGCAGAUCUAGGCUGCCGUCCAGAAGCAAGUCAACUCGAACUUGAACCGUCUGAUGUUUGCUGCACCGCAGCUUGCACACACAUCAUCAUUUCUGGCUCCACUACCGCACAAAUUGAGCACAUGACCCACUACACGCUGACUCACCAGGUGUACAGUGGACGUCCUGUGUACUCGAGUGACUCGAAUCCUUACUUUCUGUACUACCAUGGCGAAAACUCCAUGUGGAUGGUCGGAGCUUAUGUGGGGAGCAACACUGCCCGGAUGUAUGUUAUCGACAACGCCAUGAGUCCGGAUAAAAUCCGAGGCACAUGGCGACUCGCUGUGGCAGGUUCUGCUGUAUCGUUCCCUGCGGUUAAAGCAUCAUGUGCAGAGUGUCGCCAAAUCACCAUCUCUGGAUCUGUCCACCACCAAGUAAACCGCAUGACCACCUACAGUCUGACCAGCCAGAUCAACGAAGGCCGCCCCGUGUAUUCCAGCGACACCACCAAUGACUUCCUCUACUUCUAUGAACCCUACGAUGUAUGGAUAGUCGGCAAUGUAAUGGGGGGUAGUUCGGGUGGUCUACUGACAAACGACAUCCAUCUCUACCCUGAGCAGACCGAGGCUGUGUGGGAGGUGUAUGACGGCAGUCAAUGGGUGCCAUUUCCUAGACUUCGAGUAAGAUGCACAGAUGUCGAUGAGUGCGCCUCCACACCUUGUCUGAAUGGCGGGGUUUGCACGGACAUGCCCAACUCUUAUUCGUGCGCAUGCGCGACUGGAUGGGGAGGACACAACUGUGCUUUGACUUCAGUCAUCCAGAGAAUAAUUACUGUCGUGUUACUCCACUUUUAA